AGCCCCCUCUCUUUUUUUCCUUUCUUUCUUUCUCUCUCGUUAAUAAACCCUUUUCUUGAUAAUAUAAUAAUGAAUAAAUUAAAAAAUGUGUUUCAAAGGUCCUCACAAAAAGUUAAAGCGGCCGAAGAUAGAAGACCACAACAGUUUGUCAAACGCCAUUCAACUACGAUGGUGACUCCCGUGAUUAGUCCCAGCGAAGCACUACCAGCACCUGCGAUCAAUCUUUCUGAAUUAUCAGAGAUGGAGAAACCAGCAUACCAAGCAUGGUGGAAAGAUCUGGAUCCGUUUGAUUUUAAAAAAAUAAACAAUAAUACCAUUUUAAAGUUUUUGAAUGGCUGUAGUCUACCCGACAAUAAGCUAGAGCAGAUAUUAGCCCUGUUUGAGACUGCGGGUGAUGGAUUAGACGAAUUACAAUUUUUUGCAAUGCUUAGGCUAAUAGCACACGCCCAAAAUGGUCGUAAAAUUAGCCGAGCCCUUGUGUACUUAGGAGCUCCUAUACCCUAUUUUCAUAAGAAUGCGAUUGAUGCCUUGAUCAAGUCAUCUUCAACAGAACAAUUAGAAACCAAAGAGAACAGAAAAUCAUGGUGGGGCAAUGAGAAACCAGCACAAUUAGAAAACCGAAGGUCAUAUAUGGGACCUUAUACACAACAUGCAACUUCACCCAUCAUUGAUUUGUUCUAUCCUAUCCAACCUUCAUAUGACGCAUCAGUGAUGACGACAAUCACACCACUCACACCCAAUGUUGUACAAUUGGAAGAGAAAUAUACACAUUCGAGGUCAAGAUCAGCAGGCACUGUCAAUGAGUUUAUCCACAAUCCAUACCAACAACAAGUGGAAGAACUCACCUCUUCUAGAUCUUCUUUAUCACUACAUGAACUCAAUACGGGACAAUCCUUAUUAUUAACACAAAGAUUCGUAUACCAAUCACCGUCUGUGCGUCAUCAGGAAAUUCCAGAGACAAGUAAUCCAUUCAAUCCACUGAAAGAAGAGAUUAUAACAAGUCCGUUUGACGAUGAGACGAUUGACAUCAAUGAUAAACCAAAUACAUUUAGCAUACCUCCUCCACCUGUACCUAAUCAAUUAACAAAGCCUGCAUUUCCCAAAUACACAAGAACAAAUACCUUUCUUAUCAAAAGAAGUCAAAGUACAGCGGCAGAUAGAAGACAACCUACUACCAAGCAUCAACGGCAUAAAUCCACGAGUGCAACUGACAAUAUAUUUUAUUAAAUCUCAGAUUCCCCCCAAUAAAACAAAAAACGUUUUUCAUAUGUAUCUGUUCUUUACUCUCUCUUUUUCUUUUCUUUAUACACAUGGUCAACGUUAGUCAGGAAUCCGGUGCAUUCUUUCAAACAGAUGCUGAAAUUGCAAAGCAAAAAGAAAAGCAGCUUAAAUACAAUUACACAGCAGGUGAUGCCAUCAAGUUGGGAUCCAAAGCACUCGACAUUAAAUUAAGCCAAGAUGAAAAAUUCAUCUAUGUUGCUGAAUCGGGC